UACCGGGCUGUGCCGAGGGCGCGGGCGGCCCGGGCUGCUGUGCGGCCGCUCGGCUCCCGCCUGGGCCGCGGCCGCGCGCCCUCCCUUCGGGGAGGAGGAAGAGGAGGAAGGAGGAGCGGCUUGAGGAGGGCCGAGCGCGGCACUCGCGCCGCCGCCGGGAGGAAGCGGAGCCGGCGGCCGCGGGGUUUCCAUUGUGUAUGGGGGAAUGGUAGUAUGCUCAUCAGAUUUUUGUCAACUGGACACAAACUACAGUUAUUCGGGAAGAGGAACUCUUAAAUUGAAAAAAUGCCUCCAUAAGGUUUGCCUGUAGAAAAAAGCUCCAGAGGUUAAAUAAAUGAAGCUGGGCACAGUUCAUCCAUGAGGUAUUACAGCCCCUCCCGAUGUUUGGGGAUAGCUGCUACAGAGAAAAAUUGACUGGUUUGGAUUAGGUAACUAGUCACAAUGAAGAAAAUUAGUCUGAAAACCUUCCGGAAAUCUUUCAACCUGAGUAAAAGCAAAGACGAAACCGAGUUCAUGGUGGUUCAGCCCCAGUCCCUUCCUGGCGACUUCGUGAAAGAUGACUCCUUAUUCAGUAGCUGCUAUGGCAAGGACAUGGCCAGCUGUGACAUUGGCAGUGAGGAGGAGAAAGGGAAGAGCAGGUCCAAAAGCGAGAGCCUGAUGGGCACCUUGAAGAGGCGGUUGUCCACCAAGCAGAAGGGGAAGGGCAAGGGCGGCACUGCACCUCCAGAUGAGGACACCUUCUCCUCGGCUUCAGCGCCUGGUGGCCUCAAGGAUGUGCGUGCCCCACGGCCGAUCCGCUCCACAUCACUGCGCAGCCACCACUACAGCCCCACACCCUGGCCCCUGAGACCCACCAGCUCGGAGGAGACAUGCAUCAAGAUGGAGAUGCGGGUGAAGGCGCUGGUGCAUGCUGCCAGCCCAGGCCCGGUCAACGGUGUGCGCAAGGAGCUGCGAGAGCUGCAGCCCAAGGAGCUGCGGGACCUGCAGCCGGAGCCACACCCUGAGUCCCGCUGCAGCCCUGGGUCGCCUGGGGACCUGCGCCUCCAUCUGGAGGAACAUGUGCCUGUAGUUAUCGGACUCAUGUCUCAGGACUACCUUCAGUACACCGUGCCUUUAGACGAUGGCAUGUGCCCUCUGGAAGGGCCACGCAGCUGCUGCCUGGACACGUCCUCGCCCAUGGAGGUGUCAGCGGUUCCCCUGCCUGGGGCGAGCGCCUUCUCCGAAGACGACAGUCAGGUGGACCAGGACCUGGUUGUAGCCCCAGAGAUUCUUGUGGAUUCUUCGGUGAACAACUUGCUGAUGGGCACUACAGGAGUCAUGUUGCAGAGCCCUAGAGCAGGUCAUGACGAUGCCCCUCCCCUCUCACCAUUGCUACCUCCAAUGCAAAAUAACCCAAUCCAAAGGAACUUCAGCGGCCUCUCAGGCCCGGACAUGCACAUGGCUGAAAGCGUGCGCUGUCAUUUGAAUUUCGAUCCCAACUCUGCACCUGGAGUUGCGAGAGUUUAUGACUCAGUGCAGAGUAGUGGCCCCAUGGUUGUGACAAGUCUUACGGAGGAGCUGAAGAAGCUUGCGAAACAGGGGUGGUACUGGGGCCCGAUCACACGCUGGGAGGCAGAGGGGAAGCUGGCAAAUGUGCCGGAUGGUUCUUUUCUUGUUCGGGAUAGUUCUGAUGACCGUUACCUUUUAAGCCUGAGCUUUCGCUCCCAUGGCAAAACACUUCACACUAGAAUUGAGCACUCGAAUGGUAGGUUCAGCUUUUAUGAACAGCCAGAUGUAGAAGGGCAUACAUCUAUAGUUGACUUAAUCGAGCAUUCAAUCAGGGACUCUGAAAAUGGAGCAUUUUGUUAUUCAAGGUCUCGGUUGCCUGGAUCUGCAACUUACCCGGUCAGACUGACCAAUCCAGUGUCACGGUUCAUGCAGGUACGCUCUCUGCAGUACCUGUGUCGCUUUGUUAUACGUCAGUACACCAGAAUAGACUUAAUUCAGAAACUGCCUUUGCCAAACAAAAUGAAGGAUUAUUUGCAGGAGAAGCACUACUGAGAGAUUGGGAGCCCUGCUUCUAGCACUUUGGGGUUCAGAAACAAGACUGGAGUACAGUUUACAGACUUACAUCGCCAUUGAAGUCUUUGCUGCCAUAACUAUUUUAGUUUUUAUGUGUGAAAGGGUCAUCAAUUUGUUCAGGGGUGGGGAAGUGUCUGCAAGGUGUCUUGAGUUUAUUUUGAUUCUUUGGAAAAGGAUGUCUUGAAGAUCUGGAAGUGUGAGUUAUCUUUCUUUAAUGUGCAGAAUAAUCACAAUGUAAUUGUUGGCUAGAUCACACACACCUCCCAGGGUAUCAGCUUCUCUUCUACUACCACUUUCUUAGUUACGUUCUUUAUGUGUAUUCAAGUUUUCUGGAGUUCGGGGAAUUUGUUUCCUGGGUAAGAAAGGAUUAGAAAUUAGAGUAUCAAUUAGCUCCUCCAAUUUUACUUCUUUUCCUUCAAAGAACUGUGGUGAAUCAUAGAGAACUACUCUGGUAAUCUCCUCUACCAGACAACCUUGCUCUUUUUGGAAUGGAUCACUCUCUUUUCACUGGCAGAGAUCCUCUGAAUACACUAGUUUGUGUAUUCUUUGCAAUAUCUGAUAAAGGAGAGUCUUCCACAUCAGAUUAUCCUUAACCCCCACCCAGUCCUUUGCUGCUAUCCACUGUGAUUCUUAUGCAUUAAAGCACAUUUCAUGUGUAUUCAACCCUAACUAAAGUUGAAUGAAAAAUAAAGAACAAAAAUUGCUAUGCCCAAUUGAAUAGACAUGUGGAAUAAAACAUAUUACACAUACACUGAAAAGUGAUUUUUUUUUCAGUCUCACACUUUAAAAAAAGAUUUAUUCAGGAUUAUGAAGCGACAUAAUCUUGGUUAAUGGAAUGCAAAUCUGCAAUAUAUCUUGUAUAACACUUUUCUAAAUUAUUUUUUAAGGAUGUGAUAAUUGUUUUGGUUGUGAGAAGUUGAAUUUUUCCAUUACCUUCAUUUCAUAUUGUGGUUUGUCUCUUUGAUAAAUGGCCUUACAGUAAAAUUAUAAACAAAUAUAUACCCAAUAUAGAAAUUGUUGCCUUUUCUGUCAUUAAACUCGGGUUCAAAUUGGCAUAAUUUAAAGCCCUGUAAAGCCCAAACCAUUGUUAGAAAAGUGAGAUAACCCUGGUUUCUUGUGUGCAGUGUGUGUGAGAAUGAGAGAGAUUGUUUCAGUUAAACGUUUUAUCUAUGAUUACUUUAGUCAAUACUUUCCUUCCAUAAACUUGACAAGUUUCAUAAAUGAGUUGUAUUUUCUUACAUUAAAGUUUAUAUAAAGUUGUAAAUUGAUUUGAAUAGAGAAGUUAUUUUAAAGGUGACUUAUCUUCUGUGUAGUUGUUACAUUGAUCUGGGUUUGACCAUUCUGCCCCCAAAACAACAACCCUGAAUGACAUUGGUUAAGUAUUUGGAAAUUGUGAUGCAUUGUGUGAGGAAAACUGUAAAACCAUAUCAGAUACUCAAAAAUAAUUUCUUGCUGUGAUUGCCCUUUGAAAGUAGCAUUUUGGUUUAUGCUGAUUUUGCUAAUUCUUACAUAACUUGGCAUUUCUAGUUUUUUAUCUUUGUGUUAGAGAAUGAUAUGCCAGGUUUUAAGACUUUUUUUUUUUUUUUUUUUUUUUGUAAUGUAGACUAAGUUCAGAGUUCUACAAUGGUGUUAUUAAAACUAUUAAGUGGUAGUAUUUAAAGAUUGCCCCAUUCACAAAGUGUUUCCAGCUACAGAUGCUUAAAAAAAGAAAUCACAAGAGUAAAGGUCUUAGGUCAAACUUUCUGGCUUUGUCAUCCAAACAUAUCUAUAUCUUUACAUUUUUCUCUAUUUUUCUAGGGUUAGAAUUGAGAUAUUGCAAGAAAAGGCACAGUGCCAUUGUAGUAUGGUAUUAAUGGCAUUUUGACUUAUAAGGAUCAAGGUACUUACUUUUGAUGAAAUGGUGGUUGGACCUUGUUACAGAGAAUUUCAUUUUCUGAUAUGUUUUAUCUAAUAUGACAGGAUAUGAAGUAUACUGUAAUAAUACAAGCAUUGAUUAUAAGCUAUUGGAGUAAGAACUACUUCAGAGAUGUAGGCUUGUUAUCAAAUUAAUGCAAGACACUUAACUAUUUUUUUGCAAAACUAUUUAUUUUUAAACAACUGAAGAUAUAUCUAGGGUGAGUUGAAUGUUCCUGCAUCUGUUAGAUGGCAGGUGUCACAUAGUCACGGUAUUGAUGGUGAAUGUCAAGAUGGCUUCAUGUCUUAGAAACAUGCAUAUGUCCUUGAGAUCAUGGCUCAAUAAAGUCUCUGAACUGUCCCCAACAUGUCUUACAUGAACAUAGCGUGUUUCCUACUCUCUCAUGGUGUCCUGUGUUUAGGACCUACCCAUUAAACGUCAAGAUUAUUCUGAUUUUCAUUUAAAUCUUUCUAAUAAUAUAUUUUGUGUUACUUUGUAGGGCAAAUCUUUAUUACAUACAAACAACUUCUGAUGAACUGUGUUUUCAUACAUAAUAUGACAUGUCCUAAUUCACUUUGAAAUCAUCAGUUUCUAUUAUUCUAAGGGGGGGGUGGAGAAUCAACAUGUAUUGAGAAGCCAGAUUCACAGCAAGUUGUAUUGUCUGUUUUUGUGGUUUUGGAGCGAAGAUAUCAAUUUGACAGAAGUGGAAAACAGUGGGAAAUAGUGGCUUUGUAGGUCGCUAUUAAAAAUGUAAAAACAAAGAGUAAGUCCUUAUAUCUUGACUUAAAUAGAAGUUGGUUAACUUUCUGGGUUUCUUAGAUGAUACAAACAACCUGUAAACCAUUCUUAAAUCUGCACAUUUAAAAUUCCUAGGCAAGAAAAUAGAAAGCAGGAAAGCUGCAUCUAUUUGUAACAAGUUAAAAAAAUUUUUUAACUCAAGUUUUUCACCACCGAACAUGCUGGAAGCUGGAGGUUACUUGGGGGAUUCCUAAGACACUUAACACAUUUUUAUAAAUAUAAAAGCUACAGAAAGUACUUGAAAAGUAUCUUGUUUUCUCUAAGGAAAACUGUUUUCUUUCUACAUGGUGCAAUAAUUUGAAACUUUAGGUCACAUCACAGUGACCAUGGAACUAAAAAUAAUUUUAAGGACACCAGCUACAUAGGGCAGCCAUCUUGCUGUUGAAUAAAAUCAUGGCCAAAAAGGCUAACUCAUUGGUAUUAAGGAGAUAAAACAAAGAAUAUGUCAUAGUUUCUGAGCCAGUAUUACUGAAACAGGACAAAAGUUAUUGAAAUCUUACAGGUUUAUGCAGUUUCCUUCCUAGUGCUAAGUACUCUUAACUGCUUUCAGGAAUGCCAACUUUACUGUACAUUUCACAUUUAUAUAUGAAAGAAACUCUUUAGUUAUGACAAAAUAAUAUAUUUUGACUUAAAUCUGAAUUUCUUUCAUUGAAUGUGAAGUGUUAAUUAGAAUGAAACGACACUACCAGCAAUAGACAGUUUUGUUAAAUAUUCUUUAAUGAAGAACAAUAGCCAGUUCCACAAAUAACUUUAAAAUUCUAAAGGUAUUGGUACGUUAACAAUCAAAAAAAUUGUUUCUUUUAAUACUUUUUUAAUCCUGAAAAGUUUUUAUAACAUCCUUUUCUAUUGAUCUGUCAUAAUAUACAAGGCAAAACGUACUUUUUUUUUUUUUCUUUUUUUAAAUUGACCCAAAUUCUCCAACCGGAGAGGAUGUGGAGGUCUUAGAAUUUCCUAAAAAUAUGUAUUCAUGUUGGGGUAAAGGAGUCUCAUAGUUGGUAUGCUAUGAAAUUAAAACCUGCAAUCGAGAUUGCUGUAGUUUACACUUCGUAUGUUUCAAAUCAGGUGUGUACCAUUUGUACUGAGAACACCACAGAAUGAACUAUCCAAAGUCCAUUGAUUUAAUAAGUGUUUUGGUUUGUAAGCAAAUUAUAGUAACUUCUUGCACAUUUUUUGGAAAUCAAUUGUAUAAAAAUUUAUGUAUCUGCUUCUAGAUACAGUGUGUAAAUAAAAGUUUCAUUCACAACA